AUGAUUGGUACACCCUUGGACCAAAUUAUUAUAGGUAGGUGUUUAAUUGCAUAUCCCAACACAAAGGUCAGGAGGCUCAUACUCUACAAACUUGCUUUGGCCGAGUCGCAUAACUUCAGUGAUUUCUUCAUUGCUGUUGGUGGGUGUGGUGGUCUUAUAGCCUUCCUUCAAAAGCCCAGGCAAGCUGGCAACUCUGUCCUCAUCAUUACUACUGCAGCUGGAAAAGUUUUUGCCGAAAAUUUGUGGAAGGACGCGCCUCCUGUUGCCGUAUCAUGGUCGGAUUCAGAGGAACUGGCUGUAGUUCAGAAGUCAGGUUAUGUUACAAUUCUCAACUUGAGUGGUGCUUUCAAACGCCGUUUUGGUUUUGGCAAAGAUGCUGAAAAUAACCAAAUAAUUGAGGCCAAGUUCUUCUCCUAUGAAGGGCGAACAGCAGUUGGUGUCAUUACUGGGAGCUCACAGAUCCUCGUGGCCUCUAGUCUGGAGCGACCACGGAUUCUUGCCAUAUCCACUGAAGUGCCUCUGACAAAUAGGGCCUUUGUUUGGCAGGUGCUCUCAUUGCCCAUGUCAGGUGAAAUUGGCGCUUUCAAGGGACCUUGGGUUCUCUUGGCCUUGGAUAAAGAGAUUCAUUGUAUGGGUGUAGGCAAGGCAAUGAAGGUCGAAAUUCCAAAUCAGAGCUGGCAAAACCGUUGUUCAGCCUUCCACAAAAUGGCAAUUUCGCCGAACGAGGAGCGAGUAGCGUUUUAUAUGGACAGCGGUUUGCUACUUGUAGCCGGCGUUGGUCCUGUCUUUGACGUCUGCAUGGAACUCGACUUUUCGGAUCGCGCCGCGUCUUUGGUUGGCAACAGCAAUGGCGGUCACAUUGCCACCCUUCCGUCUGACAUGGCCUGGCUUGAUAACUCCACUGUCGCCCUUCAGUGGCAAAAUUUUGUGGUCAUCACUGAUUUGGAAAAAAAUGUCUACGAACUCUUUUAUCCCUCCUUUGUACAUAUCCAACCUGAAGUGGAUGGCCUCCGGGUGCUGACGCCAACAACCCACGAAAUAAUUCAGCGAGUGCCUCAGGAGCUAGAGUGCCUGGGCCGCAUUGGAGCAUCCAGUUCGGCUGUUCUUCUGCUUUCUGCUUAUCGAGAGUGGGAGGCUGGCUCAGGUCGUGCGCACGAGUUUCUUCGCCCUAUCCACUCUGCCAGCCGUAUGCACGAUGCUGUCUCUGCGUGUCUACUCUCCGCUGCUCAAUGUGUCCCCGCCUCCUCCUCAGAUUUUCAGCGGACUCUCCUUGCGGCCGCUCACUUCGGUCGCAGCUUCCUCUCCAUUAUCCUCGCGUUUCCUAGCCCCGGAGCUAAAGAACUUGACUGCAGUACACUUGAUAACUUAUCUGAGCUGACAAUUCAAAUCACCACAAUCUUGCGUCUGCUAAACAGCAUUGCAGUCGAAUGGAUCGGAAUGGCACUUACUUGGAAGCAAUUCGAGGUUCUUGGUCCUUCAAAUCUUCUAAAUCGGUUGCUUGCAAGAAAACACUAUCCUCUUGCUGUUGAACUUGUUCGGGUCUACCAAAAGUUGUCCUCGAAAAUUCCCGAACAUAUUCAGAUGAAAACAACGGGAUUGACGCGAAUUCUCUGUCAUUGGGUGAAAAGUCUGACACCGCAGUCGGCCAAUCCCUCCGAUACAAAUAAUAGUAUAUUGAUACGUCGCCUAUUCGAGAUAAUCAGUCGUUGUGGCAGCAGUUGUAGCGGUAAUGAUCCGAGCGGUAGUGGUGGGGGCGUUUCAUUCGCGGCGGUGGCGGAGACUGCAAUCGAAUGCGGCCAGUUAGUUCUGGCGGAACGGCUUUUAGAGCUGGAGCCCCGGAUAUCGGCACAGAUCUCUCUGUUGAUGCGUCUGCGCCGUUACGGUCACGCUCUGACUCGUGCAGUGCAAUCGGGUGACGCUGAUCUCCUGCUUGCGGGGGUGCUUCAACCCCUACAAGAGGGCGAUGCGCGUAUGGAGCCUACUGCACUGAGCCUCCUCCUCCGGCAGCAUCCCAUCGCCCUUGCUCUAUACCGGCAGUAUCUCGAGGGUGCAGGUGCUCCACGUCAGCCUAGGGGCAAACUCGCCUCACAAACCCUCGCUGUUCUCCAACAGGAAGACGAUCCUGCUUUGGGUAUCCAGAGAACUGUUCUUGAAGCAUUCUCAUCGAAGGAUUCUGCGCGUCGAUCCUCAUUGCUACUGAAGGCAAGAGAUUCCUAUCAACAAAUAAAGGCUGACUUCCUUUCCCAUACCUGUGAGGAGGCGGGCAAGUUGAUAAACUUUCACAGACGCCUAGAAGAACAGCAGGUGACUGCGCCAUACUUUUGCUUGGACACUCGCUCAUCCGGGUCGCACGUGCUACCACAAGUACUUGAGGCGGCGGCCUUCCGGUGGCAAGGUGCUUCUGUCAAUGCUACCUACACGCGUCUUAUAGCCGCUGGAACCCAAAUCACGGAGCGGCUGGCUGAUCACGUGCGGCGAGAGUUUAAGAUGCCCGAGAAGAGAGUUGCUUACUUGCGUCUCAUUGGACUCGCCCUCUCCCCCAACACCGAUGCCGCGUGGACCGAGAUCGAGCGAAUGGCCUUUGUCAAGCGUCCACCUGUUCAGCUAGACGUGUUUGUCAAGAUAUACACGGACGCCGGCCGAUUGCAACAGGCGGCUGAUAUAAUAGGAAAAUUGCCUUUGGAGCAAAGAAUACGAUCUCUCAUCCUGAUAGGGCAAAGUGAGGAGGCUAUUAAUCUAGCCAUACAGGAGCGAUCUGAACCAAUGCUUUGUUUGAUUCAGCGUCUUUUAAUCAAAAUUGAUCGUACCAGAGCUGAUCAAGUUGGUCUGAUUCGUUCACAACUCUCAUCGUGA